AUGGGUUCCGUGCAUCAAUACGCCAUCGGCUGUACUUUAGCUGGCACUAUAGUGGCACUUUGCGUCACUUAUAUUAUCAUCCUUAAUGUCAUAAACGAUAUUAACGAAUUCCAGGACGAAAUCGAAAAGGAUCUGAAUGAGUUUAAGUACUUCACCGACGACGCCUGGAACACGAUAAUGAGCGCCCAGCCACCGAGAGAAAAACGAGCCGCCUCAAAAUCAAGAAGAGGCUCAAGAGGAUCACACUCGAAAAGAGCUUCCUAUGCAGAAGGACCUUGGAGCGAAAGUAGUACGGCAUCAGCUGGAGUCAGUGGCCCUAGUCAUACGGAAUCUGUUGGCGAUACAGGCACUAGUGCAGGUAGCGGAUGUCAGUGUGCUGCCCAGGCUACCGGAUGCCCACCUGGGCCACCAGGACCACCCGGACAACCUGGACUACCUGGAGAGGAUGGCGCACCGGGAAAUGCUGGAGGCAGUGGCUCAGCUGGGCAGGCGGCGGAAAUGCCAAGCUCAAAGGGAUGCAUCACCUGCCCAGCAGGUCCGCCCGGUCCUCCAGGACCAGAUGGACCACCGGGACCAGUUGGACCAAGUGGAAAUCCUGGAAUGGACGGACAAGGAGGAGGAGGAGGUGCGCCCGGACCAGCUGGGGCUCCUGGAGCGCCUGGAAUGGACGGUAAACCUGGAAUGCCUGGAAUGGAUGGAGCACCUGGAAACCCAGGAACUCGUUCCACAAGUAUGCCCGGACCCGCAGGGCCACCGGGACCACCAGGAGCACCCGGUAUGCCUGGUAAUGAUGGUGGUCAGACAGGCCCUGGGGCGCCCGGACCUGCAGGACCGCCCGGUCCACCCGGACAACCAGGAGCACCAGGAAUGGCUGGAGAUGCGGGACAGGCUGGAGCCAGCGGGGAACCAGGACGUGAUGGAGCAUAUUGCCCUUGUCCUCCGAGAACCGGUUCUGGAUUCGGAGGAGCUGUUGAUGCAGGUCCUCCAAGUCAAGGUCCUCCGGAGACUGGCUCCGGAUCUGGCGCAGCUGCUGCAGGUGGCAGGAGCCCUGCGAGACCUGCCCCUGAUAGGGGAGCUGUUAAUGCAGGUAGCCAGAGCCACAGUUCAAGUUAUGCAACUGGUCCUGUAUACAAGAGAAGGAUGCGCUUAUGA